AUGACAAUAAUAAUAAAAAUAAGAAGAACCAAAGGAAACAUGCUGCAAAAAAGUGAAUUAAAUGCAAAUUUACCAUUACCUCCUGAAAAAAUGCCAGAUUGUUGGAAUCAGGAUAACAGAAUGAAUGCACUGUUUUCUCCAUUUCGAAGUAAAUCUGCUAAUCAACAAGAUUGGAUUUCAAAAUACAAAUUUUGGAAUAAUCUUAUAUAUAAAUGGUUAAGGCAUACAGAGCGAUGUAGUUUUUCUAUUUUCGAUUUGAAUGAAAUUUUUAAACGUAAAGGAUGUAGCCCUCUUUGUUUGACAACAGUUACAGAAGAAAUGUUAAGGAAUAGAGAAAUAGUAUCGGAAGAAGAAUUUUUAAAAGAACCAAGUAAUUCUUGGACUAUCUGGUCUUUGGAUAUAUUUAUUAAAAAGCCUCUUACGUGGUCUUAUUACAAAAUGAAAGAUUACGUAAUAGGACAAAAUAUAGAUAUAAAUACCAGAUACGUACAUCUAAAAACAGUAAAAGAAAUAGCCGAACUAAUACUUUCUAAUAUACUUAAUGAAAACGAAAAUAUUCUUAUUUCUACAACUGAAAUACUUGAAAAAUGUAAAAAAGAAGAAAGCCAUUCUGAUGUCAGUGAAAAUACUUUGAAGCUAGCAUUGAUUUGGCUUAAACACCAUAAAAAAGCAGUUAUGAAAAAAAGCUCCAUCAAUGAUGAAUUAUUAGUUAAAUUUUCUACACAAACAAUACACGAAAUUUCAGAACUAGAAGAGACUUUAUACAAACUAUUAAAUCAAGAAAAUAAAUUUGAAAAAGAAAUUGAAUUAUUGGAGAAAGAAAAAAUUGUUAUUAUGGAUAAAGUUAAAACGUGUUUGGCAAAAGGAUUAAGACAGGUAGCAAAAACUCAUUUAAGAAAAAAAAAUGAAAUAGAAAAAACAAUUGAAAAACGUGCGCAGAUACUUGGAAAUUUGCGUACUCUUAUAUUAAGCAUUCAGGAUACUCAUUCUAGCAGUAAUGUGAUCGAUGCUUUUAAACUUGGUUCUAAUAUAUUAUUCCAAUUCGAAGAGAAGGGAUUAACAGAAUACAAAGUCAGAAAUGUUAUAGAUGAUGUAAAUGAGGCUUUAGAAAAUCAUAAAGAUGUACAAUCUACAUUAUCAGAAAUAUUACCAAGUGCUGAUUUUGAAUCAGAUUCAGAUUUAGAAAAAGAACUUUCAGAAUUAAUAAAUGGUGAUGAUGUGCAUGAGUCAACAACUAGUAUAAAUAAUAAAGAAGAAUUAAAUGAUAUUGAACAACAAUUAAGAAACUUAGAUGUAACUGGUUUACCUUCACCUCAGAAAUCUUUAAAAACAUCUACUCCUAUACAAAAGAAAAAAGUAUUGAUACAAGCUGAAAACAUGUGAAAUAAUAUUUGAUAUGUUAUCUUAUUUUUCAAAAGAGUGUUCAUUUUAUACUUUUAAUGUGAUUUUAAAUGUGAUUUUACUUAAUGACUACUGUUAUAAUAUUAAGCUUUGAAAUAUAAUAAAAAAAAUAAAAAAAUAAAAAUAUAA